AUGGCGGAUCAACAAGCAAGCCAACCUCCUCCACCCCCUUGGGUCCCCCAGAACCCGCAGACCCAUGAUCAGCUACAGCUUGCUCCACCCUGCAACAACGGCGACUCUGCAAGGAUCACAAAAGCCUCCCUGAACAUCAGCUUAGGGAAAACUAUCAACCAGUACAUCUUGAACCUCCACCUCGAGCACUGGACUGAUGAGGUGGACAUCUUCAAAAGGCCCUACCCCAAAACCUGGUACACCUUUGAAAAUUAUAUGACAGCCUUCAUCCGCAUCAGUACUGUGGCCGAUCUCGACCGGAUGCCAAUCUUUUUUAGCUUUGAUGCCUGGAAGCACAUGAGCAAGGAUAUUUCCCAGUAUGGCAAGAAGCUGCUCACGGCGUUUUUUGGCCGAUGUGCGGCAGACAUCAGUCAUUUUUUGAAGGGCCAUUUUCACCCAACGUGCCCUGACGCGGCCAACCCAAUGCCGGCGCCUCCAAACCCCAGCCCCACCCUGUCUCUCCGCCGCGCCAAUGAUGGGCCCAGCUUAGACGCUACCGGCCCCGCUCAAUCAAUCAACAGCCUGUUCUCCAACCUCCAGCUCGGCCGCUCCUACCCCUCCUCCACUCCACCAAUUUGUCUCCUCCUCUUCUGCUGCUUUUGCUGCCCAAAACCAGCAUAG